UACAAGCGCGUGAGGUAUAAACAUGAACAAGCAUGACUGCUCUGUUCUGAGCUAGACCUAAAACAUCUCCAGCUUCACCAGCUCCACAGGGAUAACAUUGAACAUUUCACCUGAAUCCCAGUGGAUCUCCUUCUCUCAGGUAAACCAUGCCAUCAGUACCAUCUAGUUCAGAGUCAGCUGGGACCGCUCCCGUCUGCCCACAUGCUGCCAAAGUCCUCACAAAUGCUGCAAAUGGAGAACCUGGCAUCAACAGGGAUGCAAAGGUGAAAACCGAUGCCGUUUUGAAUGGAAAGGCUGGACACAAGUUAAAUGAGAAUGGCACAGACCAUGUGAAUGUAGAGCACCUUGAGAAUGGAUCAGAAGGCACCAUGGAGAGGAAAUGGAUCCGACCUGAUUUGCCCAGCAGAUGCACCUGGAAACUUGGUGACCCAAAUACAGAGUCGCCCCACAAGCACUUCCAAAGAACAAAGAAACCCAGUAUCCUUCCCAACAUUUUAAGCAGGAUUGGAGAUACCCCACUGGUCCGCAUGAACAAGAUUCCUAAAGCUUUUGGCCUCAAGUGUGAGCUUUUGGCUAAAUGUGAGUUCUUCAAUGCCGGUGGUAGCGUGAAGGACAGAAUCGGCUUGCGUAUGUUAGAGGAUGCUGAGAAAGACGGCAUCCUUAAACCUGGAGACACCAUCAUUGAGCCCACAUCAGGAAACACAGGUAUUGGACUGGCCCUGGCAGCAGCAGUCAAAGGUUAUCGCUGCAUCAUUGUCAUGCCUGAGAAGAUGAGCAUGGAAAAGGUGGAUGUGCUCCGCGCUCUCGGUGCCGAGAUUGUUCGUACACCUACUUCAGCUCGUUUUGACUCUCCUGAGUCUCAUGUGGGGGUGGCUUGGCGUUUGAAAAACGAGAUUCCUAAUGCUCACAUUCUGGACCAGUACCGCAAUCCCAGCAACCCGCUGGCCCAUUAUGACGCCACUGCAGAGGAGAUUCUGGAACAGUGUGACGGUAAAAUAGACAUGCUGGUGGCUGGAGCUGGCACUGGUGGCACCAUUACUGGCGUCGCUCGCAAGCUGAAGGAGAAAUGCCCUAAUAUUAAGAUAGUUGGAGUGGAUCCUGAAGGCUCUAUCCUUGCUGAGCCAGAGGAGCUGAAUAAGACUGAUAAGACUCAGUAUGAGGUUGAGGGCAUCGGAUAUGACUUCAUCCCCACUGUUCUGGACAGAUCUGUGGUGGAUAGUUGGUACAAGUCCAAUGAUGAAGAGUCCUUUGCCAUGUCUCGUAUGCUCAUCAGAGAUGAGGGCCUUCUGUGCGGUGGUAGUUCAGGCACAGCCAUGGCUGCAGCAGUGCAUGUAGCCAAAGAGCUGAAGGAAGGCCAGCGCUGUGUGGUGAUCCUGCCCGACUCCAUCCGUAACUACAUGUCGAAAUUUCUUAGCGACAAGUGGAUGUGUGAAAAGGGCUUCCUGAGAGAGGAGGAUCUUGUUGGCAACAAGCCAUGGUGGUGGAAUCUGACUCUGCAGGAGCUCCGGCUCUCCGCCCCAUUGACUGUGCUGCCUUUAGUGUCCAUCAAGAAGACUAUUCAGAUUCUGAAAGAGAAAGCGUUUGACCAAGCCCCUGUGGUGGACGAGGCCGGGCAGAUUCUGGGCAUGGUCACGUUGGGGAACAUGCUGUCAUCCGUUCUGGCUGGGAAGGUCAGGCCAUCUGAUCCCAUAAGCAAAGUUCUCUACAAACAGUUUAAACAGGUGCGCCUAACUGAUAACCUGGGCAAACUCUCACGUAUCCUCGAGACGGACCAUUUCGCCCUUGUUGUGCAUGAACAGAUUCAGUUGGAUGGUGUCCGCAGUCUGAAUUGCAGUUCCUGUCUUACAGACAUGAACAAUGGAUCCCCUAAGAUGAGACAGAUGGUGUUUGGGGUGGUGACGGCCAUUGACCUGUUGAACUACGUGGCCACGCGCGAGAGGAGGGAACGCUCGCUGUCUGAGUGCUCGCUGUCAGAAGAGCAGUGAACAACGAAGAGUGUGAGAACACAAAGCUGGAGUGUUGUUUUCUCCUCUCACACAGUUUUUUGAGUUUAUUUUUCUGCAAGUGGUAUGCUCCAUUUUAAAGGAAAAAAAAAAAAGCUUUUAUAAGUUAGAGCAAGUCAGUAUAGUUUUACAUGUUAUCUGACAGAUUUGUAUUGUUUACUGCAUCACCUUCUCUUUUAGGUUCACAUUAAAGCUGUUUUGUUUUCAGUCAAAAGCAGUCAACACAAUGAAUAAUACAGGUCAAUCAACCACCAUUUGCUGAGUUGUUUACUUUGCAUUGAUUUUAUUAUGGUGUAUAUAUUUCAAUUAAUGUAUUUUAUUCUUUAUAAAAAAACUGCAUGUGGUUUAGUACUUUUGGGUUUGGUUUUUGAUUUAGUGUAGUUUAAGAACUGGAUUCAGGUGCUCUUUUGUCUUAUCUACAGCUACAUCGCCACCUAGUGACUGCAAUAGACUUUGGCCUUCAUCAAUCACACUAAGCACAAUGAUCUCUGGAUUGUGUGGGGGAGUUUUGCAGGCAUGAUUGAUAGAAAUUGACAAAGCAAAUAGUAAGUGUGUUUGGUAAACCAAACUGCACCCAGAUGGGGUGACUUGGUAUUUUUCUUGUAUUAAAACAAGAUCUGAUAAGAGUGUAAAUAAAUGAUGGUGGUUUGGACUUGCUUUAAACACACCACUGUGUGUUAAGCAAGUUUGAUUGUGCUUUUCAUUUUUCUAUGUUUCUUUCAUCUGAUUUCUUGUAAAUCAAAACUGUAACUUACAGAGGCUGAAAAUGAUUGUUUGUAUAUAGGAGUUAAUGUAAAGUAAAUGAAUGUGCGUGAAGGUGCAUUAGUUUGCUCUCACGGUUAUGAUUCCUGUGCAUGGAGUCUCUGGCUCAGAAUGUCUUUACUGUAUGUCAUUUGAUUUGCUUUUUCUUGAAUCUUAUUGCUGUAAUAAAUAGAAGUUACAAAUAAAGGCUUUAUUUCCUGAA